CUCCGCUCCGCGAGGUGGGGCAGCAGGCAGGCCGGAGCGGCGAGAGGCCGGGGAGCGGAGGAAGGGCCGGGGAGCGGGCAGAGCGGCCGCCUCGGGGCCGCCGGCGUCAUGUUCUCCCUCAGGCCGCCCAGGGCCACCUUCAGGUCCUACCUUUUGCCUCAGGCUGAAGACAGGAUAACGCCAGAGCCCAGGCUUAAGAAACUGGAGCCAGCCCUCCUGCCAGGUGAAAUAGUGGUGAAUGAAGUGAAUUUUGUGAGGAAAUGCAUUGCAGCAGAUACAAGCCAAUAUGAUCUGUGGGGAAAACUGGUUUGCAGCAACUUCAAGAUAUCCUUCAUUACAGAGGACCCCAUGCCUUUUCAGAAGUUUCAAUACAGGAACCUUCUCUUGGGAGACCACGAUGUUGCACUAACAUGCAUUGAGCAGAUAGUCACAGUAAAUGACACAAAGAGGAAACAGAAAGUUCUGGGCCCCAACCAAAAACUUAAAUUUAAUCCAACAGAAUUAAUAAUUUACUGCAAAGACUUUCGUAUUGUCCGGUUUCGUUUUGAUGAAGCAGGACCAGAAAGUGCAAAAAAGGUGUGCCUUGCGAUAGCUCAUUAUUCCCAGCCUGCAGAUCUCCAGCUUCUCUUUGCAUUUGAAUAUGUGAGCAAGAAAUACAAUAAUCCAGCAAAGCAAGUGAAUGGAAUAGACCCAGGAGGAGGAGGAGGAGGUGGAGGAGGAGGUGGCAGCCGCAGCAGUACCCAUCAGACUCCCCUGUUUGAAACGUACUCAGACUGGGAUAGAGAGAUCAAGAGAACGGGAGCCUCAGAGUGGCGUGUGUGUUCGGUCAAUGAAGGCUACAUGAUCUCUACCUGUCUUCCAGAAUACUUCGUAGUGCCAUCUUCCUUGGCGGAUCAAGAUCUAAAGCAGUACUCCCAGUUCUUCACUGGAAGACGGAUGCCAAUAUGGUGCUGGAAUCAUCCCAAUGGAAGCGCUCUUGUGAGAAUGGCCAACAUCAAGGAUCCACUGCAGCAGCGAAAAAUAGUUCAGCGGGUUUGUAAUGCCAUCACCAGAAGUCAUCCACAGAGAAGCGAUGUCUACAAAUCCGAUUUGGACAAAAGUCUGCCGAAUAUCCAAGAAAUCCAGGCUGCCUUUCUGAAGCUCAAGCAAUUAUGUGUGAAUGAACCUUUUGAGGAAACAGAGGAAAAAUGGUUGUCCUUAUUGGAUAAUUCACGGUGGCUGGAGUAUGUGAGGCUCUUUCUGAAGCAUUCUGCAGAACUUGUAUAUAUGCUGGACAGUAAGCAUAUUUCGAUAAUUUUACAAGAGGAGGAAGGGCGUGACCUGAGCUGCUGUGUGGCUUCCCUCAUUCAAGUGAUGGUCGAUCCCUAUUUCCGAACCAUUGCCGGAUUUCAGAGCCUGAUCCAGAAGGAAUGGGUUAUGGCCGGGUACCCCUUUCUAGACAGGUGCAAUCACCUGAAGAAAUCUGACAAAGAGUCUCCCUUGUUUUUGAUGUUCCUGGACUGUGUCUGGCAGCUGCUAGAGCAAUACCCAUCCGCCUUUGAGUUUUCGGAAGCUUACCUGACAAUAUUGUACGACAGUACGCGGAUCUCACUGUUUGGCACUUUCCUCUUCAACUCUCCACAUCAGAGAGUAAAGCAGAGCACGGAAUUUGCCAUCAGCAAAAACAUCCAGCUGGGUGAGGAGAAGGGCCUGAAAUUCCCUUCUGUUUGGGACUGGUCGCUUCAGCACACGGCACGGGAUCGCAUGCUUUUUCACAAUCCCUUGUACAUUGGGAAGAGUGCACCAUGCGUACACAACGGGGCUGUGAAGUCAUUUAAACGGUCAAAGAAGAACUACAGUUCGACUCUCAGAGGCCUCCCGGCAUCCCUAAAGAAUGGAAUAAUCAAUGAACAAGACUUUCUUCCAAGAAGAAAUUCCCUAAUACUAAAACUGAAACCCGACUUCCUGCAUCACACGGACAGCAACGCCAGCGGCAUGGAGCAGUAUUUCAGAGAGUGGUUUUCCAAGCCCAUUGACCUGCACGGUGUCCUCCUACCCCGGCUCUCUGGAACGCAAAUCAAACUCUGGAAGCUCUGCUACUUCCGCUGGGUCCCUGAGGCCCAGAUCAACAGCGGGGGGUUCAUCACUGCCUUCCACAAAAUCUCUUUGCUGGCAGAUGAAGUCGAUGCACUGAACCGGAGUCUCCGGCGGCACCACGGCAGUCCCCCUUUGCUAGCUCGCGCGCCUGAGCUGGAGCAAAGCCGGAUGUACUUCAGAGCCAACGGGCUCAGUGACAUUCCUGCCACCCCCGAGUUCCUCUCUUCCUCUUUCCCCUUUUCACCAGUAGGGAAUCUUUGCCGGCGGAGCAUCCUGGGGACCCCGCUAAGCAAAUUCUUAAGUGGAGCCAAAAUCUGGCUGUCCACAGAAACACUUGCCAACGAAGACUAAACCCUUUGGACCUGUGAGGGCGUGGAGGAGACGCGACUAACACGUCAUCUUUACACAGCACUGCUAACCAUGGCUCAGAAGCUGUAAUAACUUGAUCGACAAAGGUUACCCUGUUUUUGCACAAAAUGUUUUAAAAGCAAGCAUGUCAUGCUUUGAAAUCGCACAACUUUUUUUUCCUGCAGCCGUCUAGUUUCCUACUUUUCAACCAUUUUCGCUGCUUUCUUUAUUCAUCCUUUUACAUAAGGCACAUACAGUUUGAGGUUGAUUUUCCCCUUAUCACCAUCGGAGUUUUGGUGACUAAUUAUGUGUUUGGUUUGUGUUGCUAUGCUUCUCUUCCUAGUUGCUGACUAAGGCUGACAAGUUUAGAUUGAUAGAUGAAGACAAGCACCAGAGAAAAGAGAUAGAUUUGUAGGGUCAGAUUUGAUUGCUGUGUCUGGUGCAAACACAAGGGCGAUUUUUUGGCCAAGUUACAGAGUUACUUGAAGAUCUUGCUAAGGUUAGGCACUUUAAAAUCCUGUCAGUGUCAGCGGUGCGUUUUCAUUUCCCAUUGAAAUGAAUGAGAUUUAAAAGUAUUUUGCUUGAUCAGCCUAGCUUAAGAACGCUGGCAUGGUCUGGCUUAGCCUGUGAGUCUGUUUUCUUUAUUGUGCUUUAUCCAGCACGUGAGGCUGUGUCUUCGUUCAGAAAACCUACAUACAAAAUUCUGCCUGUAAGUCAGUGAUGGCGAACCUUUUAGAGGCUGAGUGCCCAAACUGCAACCCAAAACCCACUUAUUGCAAAGUGUCAGCACUGCAAUAAAACCGGAAUACUGAGGUUUUAGUUUAGAAAAAACAACUCAAAGCCAAUCCAAGCCAUGCGAAAGCUCGGACGAGCCGCAGCCAAUGAGUUGUGGCUUAUGACAUCACCUGGUGCCGCUACUCCUUUCCGAGCAUGCGCAUGGCCCCUGUGUGCGCUGUUAUUCAGUGCUCGGAUGCUGGGGCGACUUGGCUCGCGUGCCGACAGAGAGGGCUCUGCGUGCCAUCGGUUCACCACCACUGCUAUAGGUGGAUGUGUGCUGUCCAUGGGUUAGCGCUGAGGUAACUGCUGAAGGUCCCUUAGCUGGGGUUAAGAAUGGGAAUGAGCUGCAUGGCCACGCGUCUCUGCUUCCUCCCGCUGUGUAAAUCUCUCUCCUGUUCUAACUGUGCUUUAGGUGUACCUUUGCACCAGUGUUAACUUUGUCCGAAGCGGCCCAGGAUUCCCUUAACCCAUGAGUUGAAUCUGCACUUUCAGGACCUGGGUUAAAGAGGAUCAUGUGUAGAUUUAACUGUAAUUAAAGUGGAAAGGGGAAUUAGCUCCCCAAACUGCCUCUGGGACACUCAAUGCCACAACCCCAAAGCAACUUUUGUUGAUGAUAGCCUUCAAAGUGCCUUUUCUUGCAUUGAAGUAAGAUUUUUACCUCUUCAUCAUGUAAUUCAGUUACUCUCGUGUGGUAAACUAAUAUCCUACUCACUAAUAUCACCCAUUUUUUGAAGUCUUAUUCGUACAGUGAUUGCCAGAAGCUACCGAAAGCCAUUUUCCUCCGAGCAGGAAAGAAACUGUAAGAAGACAAUAUGCUAGAUAAUUAACUGUGAAACAGCACUUGAAUAUUAGGGGGGUCCCCAUUAAUAGGCCAAAAUCAAAGUGUCUACAGUCUCUCACAGUUUUCCUACCCAUAUUUAAAUUUUUUGCAGCUAAUGUUUACAUGGAAAAUUUUUCAGUUUUUCCUUGGUUCCAGGAUCCUUGGGGUUCUUUUUUCGUUGAAGGCUCUGAUACCAGGCUGAUAUUGGAGACUUGACUGCCAAGCCCGAGGUAGACUUGAAUACGGGAAGCUGCAUGCCACACGCAUGGUGGGCAAGGCAGACACAUACCGUCUUCAAAAGACGGAGUUCUGCAGUGGGAUUAGCUGGCUUGUGUUUAGCGCAGCAGUCUGCAGCCAGUUUUGUAACGUACACCACUGCCCAGAAGAUGAUUGCCUUUUGCUUAUCUCCUCUCUCCCCUGGUCCUUCUACCGCUUUCCCUUCUGCCCUGAACAGCUGGCACAGAACAGCACUGCAAAAGCAGUGCAGCUGAUCUCUGGGCAAGGGCCAGCGUGGAGCAGCUCGUCCCCCAGUGAUCAGAAGGCUGCUGUUCAGAUCAGGCUGAGGAGAACUACUGCAGGCACGGUCAGUGUGCAGCCCCCGGCUGGAUGGGGCCGUGCACGCAAAGUAGCACAUGAAAACUCCCCUCUCUCCCAGUUUCCAGUUAGCACCGGGAUUUCCAGUCCACACUGCGCACUUGGCUGAUUGGAAGCCUGCAGGGGCUGAUGGGCAGCCUUGGUGGGGAUCAGUCAUGGGCAUUAGUCACGUCUUAGGCAUUUCUCUGUCACGUGCGGGUCUCGUUAGAAUCAACAAAGUGUUGUUCCCCUCUGUUAAGUUCCAGGUGCGUCUUCUCUCUUUUUAACUAAGUCGUAGAUUUUAUCAAGAUGACUUUUUCUAUUGAUUCUCUACUUAUGCCUAAUUGUCUUAACUACAUUUCAGAUGUACCAAAUUUUGCUAAUUAACUGAAAAUUGAAUGAAUAUAUUUUGCAAGAGUUACUAGGUAAGAUGUUUUAACUUUUGAGGCAUGUAUUGUAGUAUACGCCCAAACAAAGGCUCUCGUUUUUGCAAUCUUUUUAAUUAAUUGUGCAUUUUUGUAGCUUGUGACCUUUUUUAUCCCUUUGCGGUUUCUAAAUCUUGCCUUUAAGAAUAGCUGCCUAUAAAUUGUCCUUACCAAAUGCAACAGAACGGUUGAGCAAAGAUGCCAAAUUAACUCAAUGCCUGUGACUCCCAUGUUAGCAAGAUCACAGGCAAACAGAUCUGUAAGAAGCCUCAUUACUUUACUGUUGAACAUGCUUAGCAAGAGAGCCGGAAACUUGCGGGGUGGGGGGGGGUGCAAUAUUUCCAGGAAGAUUUGAUAACGCAGCGGUGGGCAACUGGUGGCCCUCCAGAAGUGGUUGCCCGCAGCUCCCAGCAGCCCUUGUCGGCGUAGCCAGUGGUGACAGGGUACGGGGGUUGCAAGGCAAAACCUCUGGAGGGCCACUCCUUGAGGAAACGGCCGUCUUGAAGGGUCAGUCUUGGGGCAGGGGCUGAGCACGUUCUGAGCAUUCCAGGUAAGCCGUGCUCUCUCUGCCGGAGUUUUGCGUUGCACCGCCGAAGCUGAGCUGCACCCGCUCGGUUGCAUGCGCAGUUCUGCUGAAGCAGGGCCCCGGUGCUGGAGGCUUUGCUUCUCUGUGCAAGGGGAGGCAAAGGCCGGUGCGGAAAGGGGCGGCAGCCAGCUCGGCCUGGUCCGGCAGCGGCAGGCGAGCCCCUCCUAGCCUCCUGGGCAGGGAGCAAACAGGAAACCCUUGCAGAACCUCAGGAGGCCCAGGCAGCCCUUCGCCUGCGCAUUUUGCGGCCAAGUCCUCGGUUCAGGAAGCGAGGCACAGCAGUGUGGAAAGGGCUAGGCACCCUCCGCCUCGCGGUCUCCCUGCCGCAGAGGUCCGGCUGUCGGCGCUCCCUUCCCCUCAAACCUCCCCUGGCCCCUGCUGCUAGAGGCAGCGGCUCCCCUGACUCAAAAGGCGUGUAGGAGCCUGGGAGAGUCUCUUUCCAAACCAGGUACUUUUGACCUUUUGAGAGUUUUUUUUAUAAGUGUAGAAAGUGCUAGAUGCUUAUUUUUGUAUCUUCUCCUGCAUAGCAGCAGCCACGGCUUGGGUUGUUCAGGGGCCAGCAGCUAUUAAAUCGCCGUUAAAAAGAACUGCCAAGGCGUAGCAGCCCUCCCCAGCUGGGUGCCCUCCAGGUGUGAUGUGAACUCCAACGCCCAGCCAGCUGGGGCAUGCUGGGAUCGGGCAUUGUUCUUGCGUCUGGAGGACACACAGGCGAGGAAGGGGGACUUAGGGGGCUGCUUGUGGGUGUGGCCACAGGAGAGAUCAAUGCCUUUUUGCUACUGCAGAGUGGAUGUUGACUGUUACAUAAUUUAUCAUGGAAGUGCAAUUAUAUUUAACUCCUUGUGCAGGCCGUGAACCAAAGAGACAGCACUUAAAAGUGUGUGUUUCGCAAUGGUAAAGGUAUCCCAUUUCAGUACUGUUUCCCCUCCCCCCCUUAAUUCCUGCUGUUAAAUCGCUAGAAGAAAAAAAAAAUUGCGCAUUGCAAGCCAAACCUUUCUAACGGUAAAGAAAGGAUGACUUGGUUAAUCCGAAAGGGGGAAGAAACCCGUUGAAAGUCUUGAAACCUACUAAUGCCUUACCUGAGCAAAGUAGAGCUGGCAGGGUCAUGUGCCCUGCGACACUGUUGUGAAUGUGAAAUAAAAUCAGGCUUAAUAAAAACAACCCAUUCCACUUC